CUUCCCCAUUCACCUCGACGUCAACCCCAUCCUGCCCCCCUUCACAUCCGAGGCAGACCCGUCGAAUCCUUUGUUCUUACCCAUCUCCGUAAUCUUUAGUCUCUUUGCUUCACUCCCCUUUGUUCCUUCACUUUCUUUGAGCUCAACAGAAAGCUCGCGCUGCAACCAACUCCCACACCUACCAACUUUUCCAUCUCACCUAAUUCACCAAAAUGUCGCACGAGGAGGAUUUGAUCGAUUACUCCGACGAGGAGCUUCAGACGACGACCGCGCCGGCCCCGGCUGCCGCGCCCGCUGACGCCAAUGGCGAUGAAGAAAAGAAGGGUGAUCUGACCAUCUCUGGUCGUCCCGACAAGAAGGGCAGCUACGUCGGAAUUCACUCGACUGGUUUCCGCGAUUUCCUGCUCAAGAGUGAACUCUUGCGUGCCAUCACCGAUUGUGGUUUCGAACAUCCUUCGGAGGUGCAACAAGUCUGUAUCCCGACUGCCAUCCUGAACGUCGAUGUUCUCUGCCAGGCCAAGUCCGGUCUCGGUAAGACCGCGGUCUUCGUUCUCACCACUCUUCACCAGCUGGAGCCCGUUGCUGGCGAGUGCUCCAUCCUUGUGAUGUGCCACACUCGUGAGCUCGCCUACCAGAUCAAGAACGAAUACGCCCGUUUCUCCAAGUACCUGCCCGAUGUCAAGACUGCCGUCUUCUACGGUGGUACUCCCAUCCAGAAGGAUGUUGAGAUGCUCGCCAACAAGGAAACUCACCCCAACAUUGUCGUCGCCACCCCCGGUCGUCUGAACGCCCUGGUCCGUGACAAGAAGCUGUCUCUGCGCAACGUCAAGGCCUUCGUUCUUGAUGAGUGUGACAAGAUGCUUGACCAGAUCGACAUGCGCCGUGAUGUCCAGGAUAUUUUCCGUGCCACUCCCGCCGACAAGCAGGUCAUGAUGUUCAGUGCCACCCUCUCCCAGGAAAUCCGCCCCAUUUGCAAGAAGUUCAUGCGCAACCCUCUCGAGGUUUACGUCGACGACGACACCAAGCUUACUCUGCAUGGUCUGCAGCAGUACUACAUCAAGCUCAGCGAGCAGGAGAAGAACCGCAAGUUGAACGAGCUUUUGGACAACCUUGAGUUCAACCAGGUCAUCAUCUUCGUGAAGAGCACUCUCCGUGCCAACGAGUUGGACAAACUGCUGCGCGAGUGCAACUUCCCCAGUAUCGCCGUGCACUCCGGUGUCAGCCAGGAGGAGCGUAUCAAACGCUACAAGGAGUUCAAGGAGUUCAACAAGCGUAUCUGUGUCGCCACUGACGUCUUCGGCCGUGGUAUCGAUAUCGAGCGUAUCAACCUUGCCAUUAACUAUGAUUUGCCCGCUGAUGCCGACUCCUACCUCCACCGUGUCGGUCGUGCUGGUCGUUUCGGUACCAAGGGUCUGUCCAUCUCCUUCGUCAGCAACGAGGAUGAUGAGAAGGUGCUCAAGGACAUUGAGAAGCGCUUCGAGGUUGCUCUGCCUGAGUACCCCGAGGGUGGUGUCGACUCUUCCACCUACAUGGCUUAAAUUCGCCAUGGGUGCGUGGGUGGCUCUGUCACCCAAGUUUGAAUGUUUUCAUAUGGCGUAAUAGCUCGGUCGUGGGUUUUUCUUCGUGGGGUUGCUACCUGGCAGAUCCCCAUUUUGUUUCCAGAUAAGAAUGGAAUCCGUAUUCUCAAAAUGCAAAUAAGAUCUGUUCUCAUCCAAA